AUGGAUAUAAAUUCAGAAAAUAUAGAGUUGGAAAAUAGAGAACCACUUCUAAUAACAUGCACAGGUACAAAAAAAAUGGAGUUUUUCUAUCCACCAAAUACAUUAAGAUAUGAACCAGGAGAAACUCUAUUCUUAAAUCGUGAAUAUUCGAUUGAAGACAUAAGUCAAAAAGAGCUGAAUCAAACUCACACAAUAAUAACAUUUAGAAGAAAUCAAACAGAGUAUGGUGACACUGGAUGGUAUGGAUGUGGAUAUAGUGAUCAAAAUCCCAAUGACAUAUUUUGGAUUUACGUUGAAAUUAGUCGUAUGGAAAUUCAUGAAAGUGAAAAUAUUAUAAAGAUACUUCCUUCGGAUUUUAUUAUUAGAACUCCACAUCUAGAAAUCGAAGAAAAUUUUACAUUUUUAUACAGUGAUUAUAUAAGAAUACUUCGAGAUCAUACUGUGAUAGUACAAUCAAUAGACUUAAUGCCUGAGAUAACAUGGUUCAAGCAAAUGGCAAAAGAAAAUAAAGAAAUAUCGAAUGGACCUGAAAGAUACGAAGUUUUAUCGACAAAAAGCAAAUUAACAUCAUUGUCUAUUGUAAAUUUAAAUAUUGAUGACUCAGGAACGUAUUUUGUCAAGGUUCAAAGUCGAGAUUUGACCAUUACCGAAAUUCUUUAUUUUAAUUUGGAAGUAUAUGAAACAUCAAGCAUUAUUCUAUAUGGUUUAUCAAAUCUUUAUAAGAUGAACGAUUAUGUAGAACUCCACUGUUUUAUUGAAGAAUAUCCAAGACCGAAUAUAACAUGGAGAUUUGAACCUAGAUUUGGUCAUCUAAUUCAAACGCUCAAGAAUGCUGUUGAAGAUGUUACAUUAAUAUCUGUCAAUUCAACCAUCAAGUUUCCAAUUGUAUCAGGCGGGAAUAUUGAAUGUAUUGCCGAAAAUCAAUUUGAAAAAAAAUCAAAAAAUGCUUCCUUAUUUUUAACUGGUGAAUUUGAAAUCAUUGGUCCAGAAGAAAAUGUGACAAUUGGUGAUUCUAUAGAAUUAGUGUGUGUUUUAUCAAAAAAGUACAUUUUAAUGGAUAAAAUUUACUGGACAGAGAUCCAGAAUGAUAAUGAGUUCCCAUUAUUACAGCAAUCAGAUUCAAGAAUAAAAAUACAUGAAAAUGACUCUGAACUUUCAUAUCGUUUGACAUUGUCAAUAAAUCCAGUAAAAAAAACAGAUGGAAAAAAAAAUGAUAAAUUUUCUUAUAGAGCUGACGAUUUUGAAUUAAUAGAACUUUAUUGCUACGUUGAAGGUUUGCCUAAACCAAAAAUUACCUGGCAGAAAGAUAAUGUCCUAAUAAACAAGAUUGAUAAUUGUCAAUACGAAUUUUCAAAUAAUAAUCAAGUAUUACAUAUUAAAAGUUUAUUUGAGAGAUGUAAUGGAAAUUAUUCAUGCCGAGCCCAAAACCGCCUCCUAGAUUAUUGUGAAGCUUAUCAGCAAAUAACGAUAAUAGAAAAAAAAGAUUUGAAAUUUCAAAUUAUUGCAAUUAUGUCAACACUGAUAAUUGUUAUAAGUAUCUUUAUUUAUUUAUUUUUAAAAUUACGAAAUGAAAAAAAAUUACGAAAACAACUAACGAAAGCUGCUGGUCUGAUGGAAUUUAAAGAAGGUGCUUUGAAAUCUUUAAAUCCCAAAUUGACUAUUAAUGAUCAAAUUGAUUUACUGUCAUAUGACAAGAAAUGGGAAUUUUCAAGAAACAAAUUAAAAAUUGGUGAAAUAUUGGGACAAGGUGAAUUUGGAGUUGUAAGAAAAGCCGAGGCAAAAGGUAUUUGUGAUGACGAUAAAUCAAAGACAAUUGCUGUUGCUGUUAAAAUGGUUAAGGAAUCAACCGGGAUAACAAACAUACGAGCACUUGCAAGUGAACUUAAAAUUAUGAUUCAUAUUGGUAAACAUUUAAAUGUUGUAAAUCUACUUGGUGCUUGCACUAAAAAUAUGGACAAACAUGGAUUACUCGUUAUUGUUGAAUAUUGUCCUUUUGGUAAUUUACAUGAUUAUUUGAUUGAACAGAGGCCAAAAUUUAUUAAUCAAAUUGAUCCAUUGACUGGUAAAAUUAAUAUUAUUUCUAUUGGAUCUGAAAAUUCAAUUAAAUCCGAAAUCAAAAACAAUAACAAUAAAAUUAAUUAUUCAACGCCGUCAUUUUCUCGUAAGAGUCUCAGUUUAGAUUCAUCAAAUGAUCGAGAAUCGAUUGAAUUAUCUGACGGUAUUGCACUCAACAACAACAACUUGGCACAGCCAAAUUUGAGAUCAAAUUGUCAAGGUGAUUAUGACAAGAACUCAAAUUUAAAAGCAAUUUGUACACAAGAUUUGUUCUCAUGGUCAUUACAAGUUGCCAAAGGAAUGGAAUAUCUUAGCCAGAAAAAAGUACUUCAUGGUGACUUGGCUGCACGAAAUAUACUUCUUGCUGAGAACGAUAUUGUUAAAAUAAGUGAUUUUGGUCUUGCAAAAAAUAUAUACAGUGAUGGCAUUUACGAAAAAAAAGGAAAUGCUCCACUUCCAGUAAAAUGGAUGGCAAUUGAUUCUCUAGAAGGUAAAAUAUUUACAAUUCAAUCAGACGUCUGGUCAUUUGGUAUUGUACUUUGGGAAUUUUUUUCUCUUGCUGAAACACCAUAUCCAGGAAUGGAUGCUAAAGAUUGUUGGGUAAAUGUACGUAAAGGAUACAGAAUGGAAAAACCAGAGUAUGCUACAAAUGAAAUUUACAAUAUAAUGUCCAAAUGCUGGCUAGAAAAUCCAACACUCAGACCAACAUUUACUGAUCUCGUUAAUGAUAUUGGUAAUUUACUUGAUAAUAUUGACAAAGAAGAUAAUAACGAUUUCAAAACACCAUAUGUUGAAAUAAAAAAGAGGCUAGAUGAUGGUACAAAUAAUGAUGACUUGAUUAUGAAAUCUGUACCAGAUCAUCCCGCAUUACCAUCAUUAUCAAACAAUGGCUAUGUCUAUGAACCAACAAUUGAUAUCAAUACAAACUCAUCCUAUGUCCCUAUGAAUUGA